AGGCCAGGAGUAAGUGAGACAUCUUAUCUGUUUCUCUGGGUGGACUUUCAGUAGAAUUUGCAAGAACCUCCUGUUCAUGGCCGAAAUUUGAUAUCACAAAUUCAUUUUUUCUUUAGAAGUGAUCAACGGAUAGAAGAACCAACUCAAAUGUUAAAAUGUUCUUGCUCAUAUCUUCCACAAUCAGCCUCUAUAUCAAAGUUUAUCUCAGACAAUCCGUACCUUUCCAUGCUAGAAACCAAAUGCACCACCAUGAAAGACUUAAAACUGAUUCAUGCCCAACUCAUCAAAACAGGCCUGAUCCAGGAUAAGAUUGCAGCUAGCAGAGUCUUAGCCUUUUGUGCCACAUCUCCUGCCGGUGAUGUGAAUUAUGCUUAUUUAGUCUUCAGUCAAAUGGACAAUCCAAAUCUUUUCACUUGGAACACAAUAAUCAGAGGCUUCUCACAAAGCUCAUCCCCGGAAACUUCACUCUCUCUUUUUGUACAAAUGUUGGAAAGUUCGCUCGUUCAACCUGAGAGGCUUACUUAUCCUUCAGUUUUCAAGGCAUAUACUCAACUUGGAUUAGCUGCUGAGGGAGCUCAACUUCAUGGAAGGAUUGUGAAACUAGGGCUAGUAUUUGAUCCCUUUAUACGAAACACAAUGUUAAACAUGUAUGCCAAUUGUGGGUGUUUGAAUGAAGCUAGAAAACUGUUUGAUGAGGAUGAGAUUGUGGAUGUUGUGGCCUGGAAUUCAAUGAUUUCGGGGCUAGCUAAAUAUGGGGAACUCGACGAUUCAUGGAGGUUGUUCAAUAAAAUGCCUUUCAGAAAUGACGUUUCUUGGAAUAGUAUGAUAAGUGGUUUCGUGAAGAAUGGGAAAUGGAUGGAGGCACUGGAUCUUUUUGGUAAAAUGCAAGAGCAAAGUAUUGAACCAAGUGAGUAUACAUUGGUGAGUUUAUUGAAUGCAUCGGCAUUUUUAGGGGCAUUAGACCAAGGAAAGUGGAUACAUGAGUAUAUGAUGAAGAAAACUAGUAUCAAGAAGAAUGCUAUCGUGAUAACAGCACUUAUUAACAUGUACCACAAGUGUGGGGACAUUGAAAUGGCACGUCAGGUAUUCGAGACUGCUCCAGGAAAAGGAUUAUCAUGUUGGAACUCGAUGAUUUUUGGCUUAGGAAUCAAUGGAUUUGAAACUGAAGCAAUUCAGGUAUUCUCGAGGCUCGAAUCCUCAGGCCUUGCACCAGAUUCUGUUAGUUUUCUUAGUGUUUUAACUGCCUGCAAUCACUUUGGUUUAGUCAAUGAAGCAAGAAACUAUUUCAGAUUAAUGAAGGACAAGUAUGAGAUGGAACCAUUGAUUCAGCAUUAUGGUUGCCUGGUUGAUGCACUAGGCCGAGCAGGACACCUUGGAGAAGCAGAAGAGCUCAUCAGAAGUAUGCCAAUGAGCCCUGAUGCUAUCAUAUGGGGGUCUCUACUAUCAGCUGCUCAGAGCCAUGGAAAUAUUGAGAUGGCUAAAUGGGCAGGUAUGAAUUUGAUUCAGUUGGAUCCAGAUGACAGCUGUGCUUAUCUAUCAAUGCUCAAUGCCUAUGCAGCCUCAGGCUAUUUUGAGGAAGCAAUACAUGAGAGGAUUUUAAUGAAGGAGAAGCAAAUAGAGAAACGACCAGGUUGUAGUUCAAUUGAAGUGGAUGGGGAAGUUCAUGAAUUUGUAGCUGGUGGAAUGUUGCAUACCCGAGUCAAUGAAAUAUACUCUUUGAUGGACUAAUUGCAGAACAAGUUUGUGAGGUUGAUCAAAGUUACAAUUCAAGAGUUGUUCUGCAAGAUUUACAAUUAGUCAAGUCUCCUCUUGUAUUUGAGAAAAGAUCUGAUUGCUGCAGGGCUCCAGUCGGGAUGGAGGGUCUUGAGAAGGCCGGCAAUGCCAGAAACAUGAGGGCAGGACAUUGAAG